CACGCGGCGGUUACCGCGCUUCCACGUUUGGCGCUCGCGAUUUAAAACUAAGUCCGGAGCCGCGGAGAGCUAAGAUGAGGACUCCGCGCCCAGAAACAAUGAGUAACUCUUCUCCGAAGACCCGUGGACACCAGCCCGGUGUUUUGUCACCUUUGGAACGGGUGCUGUCAGUGCCCCGGACCGGGAAGGCCCCUCUCAGUACCCCUAACACUCCAGUCCUUGAAGACUUUCCUCAGAAUGAUGAUGAAAAGGAGCGGCUGCAGCGGAGACGCUCCAGGGCCUUUGACCUGCAGUUCAGCACAGACUCCAGUCAUCUGCUGGCCUCCCCCAACAGGUGA